AUGGAUAGGAAUACCUUUGGGCGUCUUUUUCGUAUUCUCCAUGAUCGGGUAGGCCUAAUAGACCAGAAACAAGUGACUGUUGAAGAACAAGUGGCUAUGUUCCUGUGUGUGCUAGCUCAUCACAAAAAAUCCCGCAUAGUUGGUCACAAUUUCAUGCGAUCAUCUCAAAUCGUCUCCAAAUAUAUACACACUGUACUCUAUGGAGUUCUCACGCUGCACAACCUUUUUUUGGUGAAGCCCAUCCCAAUAGAUGAGGCUUGCACUGAUCGUAGAUGGAAAUGGUUCAAGGGUUGCUUACUUGCUUUAGAUGGUACUUACAUCAAUGUUCGUGUCCCAAUUGGUGACGUUCCCCGGUACGGUAAUCGAAAAGGUCACAUCACCACCAAUACACUAGCUGUUUGUGACCCCCAGCUCAGAUUCACUUACCUUCUUCCUGGCUGGGAAGGCUCGGCAGCCGAUUCAAGGAUUUUAAGGGAUGCUAUCAGCAGACCCUUAGGUCUGAAAGUACCCAAAGGAUGCUACUAUCUCUGUGAUAGUGCAUACCCAAAUGCUGAAGGUUUCUUGACACCGUACAAAGGUGUCCGCUACCAUCUUAAGGAAUGGGGGGUCGGAAGGAAAGCACCCCAAACACCGGAAGAGCUCUUCAACCUUAGACACUCCAAGGCGAGGAAUGUCAUCGAAAGAUCAUUCGCAGUGCUGAAGAUGCGAUGGGGAAUCCUCAGGUCAGCAAGUUUUUAUCCGAUAGAUGUUCAAACUGGGCUCAUAAUCGCAUGCUUUCUUCUACACAAUUAUAUACGAAGUCAAAUGGUAGUUGAUCCCGUCGAGGCUGAGCUGGUUAAUGAGGCUGAUAUUGAUGAUGAAACUGCCAACGAUCCUUUGUUAUGUGGUGAUAAUAUCAGUAGCGUGGAACCAUCGGCAUUAUGGACACAAAAAAGGGAUGAUCUUGCAAGGGAAAUGUGGGGCGCCAGAAAUAAUGUCCAAGUUCGAGUGCCUAUGUUAAGCUUUGUGAUAUUUAUUAAUAUCGACACAUUAUUCUUUUCAGUGUUGGUUCUGUUGUGUUAA